CAUUAUAUCAGAGAUUGAAAAAAGUACAAAACUGUGGACCGAUGAAAUCCGAUCCGAUGGCUGAAUGGUUAGAGAGUUCGACACGAGACGUGAAGGACCUGGGUUCAGUCCCUGGCGGAGUUAGUGGGUGCUCACUACUCAGCAGUCUCAUACUAGGACGAAAAAGCUAGCUAUACGCUGCUCCCAGUUUUUCAAUGGUUCUCCAACUAACAUCAGUCCAUGAUGAAUACCAGACUGAUAUGAAACAUACAACAAAACAUCUACAAAAACAAACAGUCUCAAAUAAAAUUGGUCUCUUUUGUCUAUUGAUACUUGUAAUUUCCCGGUGGUAUAUUGGGCCGAAGGCUUCAAUACUGCCCUAUCAUUCAUUAUGUUGUAAUCAGCUUGGUGGAAUUCAGGAUGCGCAUCUCGUCUUAUUUGGGACUCGUCAGCUGGAUGUACCUGCAACCCAGUGAGUGGCAUUGUCCCCGCUGAGAGUCAAACUCAGUACCCAUUCACUAGGCCACUGUGUUUUAA